AUGGCGAGAUACACCGUUGCCUUUCUCAUGCUUCUCUCAGGAGCCAUCGCUGCAACCGGUAGCACUGCAUCAGAUGUCGAGAACGGUGUCUGCAGGCCAAUCACCCUUAUUUUUGCUCGAGGAACAACAGAGCCAGGCAACAUGGGAACUGUUGUUGGGCCACCACUCGCUGAUGGCAUGAUACAGGCUUUCGGGGCAAACAAUGUUGCUGUCCAGGGCGUAAACUAUCCUGCAGAUAUCGCCGGUGCUAUUAGUGGAGCGACAGAUCCCCAAGGAGCGACUGGUUCAAAGAACAUGGCAAUGUUCAGCCAGAAGGUAGCGACAGCCUGUCCAAGCAGCAAAGUUGUUCUAUCGGGCUACUCCCAGGGCGCCGAACAAGUCAGAGGUGCGCUUAUGAAUCUCGGAGCACAAAACAAUGUUGCCGCAGCAGUCACAUUCGGUGAUCCUCUGCAAAGCACGCAGUUUGUAAAUAUAGCUAAGGCGAAUACGAAGGUCUAUUGUAACCAAGGUGACCCUGUUUGUAUGGAGAUGUUUGUCAUUACUGCAGCCCAUCUCGCUUACGGGACAAAUGGCGACAUCAUGUCUGCUGUCAACUUUAUCCAAUCUGUGAUUAAUAAUUCAUCAACAACGAGCACGUAG